CUAACAAACUACCCUCAUCACCAUGCAAACUGAAGCUCCCAAAAACCCAAUUUUUCAAUCCCUAUAAAUAUCCAUUUCCCAACUCCCCUUAGGCCACCAUUUUCUUGAGAAAAUUUAAGUAUAGCCACUUUCUUGAGAAAAUAAUAAGAAUGAAGAGGCAAAGAAAUAAUACGGGUGGAAAUGGACCGGCCGUGGCAACGAAGAGAAAGGCGAAAAGAGAGGUGAAGAAAGUGGCAGAGGAGAGGAGGGGUGGCGGGGAGUGUGUGGCGGUGGAGGCAGAGGAGAGGAGGGAUCGGGUGGAUCAGAGGCCGCAAUUGUGGAGUGUCGCGGAUGAGCAAAUGUCAUGGGGGUCAUUUUGGUGCCCAUCUUGGGACAUGGAGUGCUUGGGUGAAGCUUAUAAUGCAUUAUAUAGUGAUGUUGUUUGGGAUGAUGAUAUUUGGGAUUUGAAAGGGAUCAAGGAAGUUCCAAAUCAAUGAGGAGAGAGGGAAAAUAGAGUAUUUUAGCUUGUAAAUUUUGAUAUUCUGCUAGUGAAAGUUCAGUUCAGUUCUGUUUUUUAUUUUUAAUAGCUUUAAAUGAGUUGGUUUUCAGGGAAAAAAUUGAUGUACUAAUCAAAAAAAAAAAAAAAAAAA